GCAAACAAUUGAUGCUUUUCAAAAUUAGAAGCUACUUUAGUAACCAAAAUACUUUAAGAACAAAACAAAUAUUUGAUAGAGAAAAACACAUUAAAAAUAGAGAAUAUGCUUUAAGAAAAAAUAUAGAAAACAUAUUUCUAAAACAAUCAUCAUUCACUUUGACUGACAAUUUAUCGUCUAUCCGAAAACAGUAUGACGGUAAUGUGGCCUAUUUUGGAUAGGGUGUUGCACAAUUCUUAGAAAAUAUACCUAAUAGUCUAUAUUUUAAUAAUCCUAGAUUUAUAGCCGAAAAUUAUAUAUUUAUGUGAUAUUGAUUUGUUAUUUUUGGAACAAAGCAUAAACAAUAUAUUAAAAAAUGAAAAAUUGAAAGAGAAGUUUAAAGUUUAGAAGGCCUUUGAAAUGAACGAGAAUGACAAUAAAACACUUGUAAUUCCUAUUUGUUGUGAUGAAGAUUUUUGGCCUUUUUAAGAUAAUCAUUUAUAGUUAAUAGUUUCAAAUAUGAAUUUACAUUGGGUAAAUGAUUUGCAAGUAGUUUUAAUAAGAUGGUUAGACAGUUUAGAAUCUGAUGGUACAUUGAUUGGAUCAAUAUUUGGUAACGAUACUCUUUAAGAAUUGAGAAUUUCUUACACUUUGGCUGAGAAUGAAAGAUUUGGAGGUGUUUCAUAGCAUGUGUCACCUUUCAUUUCUAUUACUGAAAUGGGAAAUUUGUUAACAAGAUUAAAAUUUACUCUUCCUACAAUAUGUACUGAAAGAAAGUAAUUUUUUAUGAAAUUGAAUUUAGUCUUUAUGAAUUUGAUUCCGUCUACCAUUUAAUGUAAUAUGUUUAAGAUAUUGGAGAAGGUGAAGCAUUGAUAUAAAAAAGACAAGGAACAUUUAAAUAAACUAUUCAAAGUGUGAGCGCCAUUUAUGAAUCUUUAUUUAAGAAUGAAAAUAUGAAAGUCAACAGUACAUUUGAAUAAAUUUAUUUUUCUGCUUGGAAAUAUCAUGAAUCUUAAGCUAAACCAAAAUCUAGGGGUAUGAUGUAAUUUUCUAGGUUUUUAGGAUCAGCAACUGUUUCAUUAGAAUAAUUAUAAACUGAAAUACAUCAGAUGGCCCCUGAUGAUAAAAUUGUUUAUGGAACCAUAACAGAAGAUGAAUAUACAGAAAAUAUUAUUGGAAAUAAAGAUGAAAAGAAAAAUGAUUGAUAUUAUUAUAGUAAAUUUAAGCAAGC